AUGCAGGCUGUGCUCUGUAGCCUGUGCGCAGUCCUGGCACCUGCUGCGCCCUGCCUGCUGAGGGCCUGGCAGCUGGGGGCUGGCGUCAUCCGGAUGCUGUUCUUGGGACUGGCUCUGCUCUCGGCGUGUAAAUUCAUAGAGAAACAUGAAUGGACAACAACAGAAAAUGAUAUUGGAACAGCGGGAAUCAGCAAUUUUGCACAGGAAGCAUUGGGAGAUGUUGUUUACUGUAGUGUGCUUGAAGUUGGGACAAAAUUGAACAAACAAGAUGAGUUUGGUGCUUUGGAAAGUGUGAAAGCUGCUAGUGAGCUCUGUUCUCCUUUAUCAGGAGAAGUACCUGAAAUUAAUGAAGCUGUUGCAGAAAAUCCAGGACUCGUAAACAAAUUUUGUUACGAAGAUGGUUGGCCGAUCAAGACGACACUGAGUAACCCUUCAGCACUAGAUGAAAUUAUGAGUUAAGAAGCUUAUGAGAAAUACAUAAAAUCUAUUGAGGAGUGAAAAUGGAACCCCUAAAUAAACUAGUAUGAAAUAACA